AUGGAGAUGAUACAAUCACACUACAGGCUCAUUGGAGUCAGUUUUCCAGUCAGCUCCUGCAGUCUGGAUCAUAAACCUCUCAGAGAAAAGAUCUCCAUCCUCCUGGAAGUGCUGAAACUCCAAUCAGAGAAGAAACAAGUGGAGCUGACAGGCUGCUCAGAUGAAGAGAGUGAAGUGAGGAGUUUCCUACAGUGUCUGCCUUAUAUCUCACAGCUCAGCUGUGAUCCCGAGUUCUUCCAGAGAGUGUGUUCACUGAUCUCUGUCAGAUCCAGAGAGGAGGCCGAGCAGUUGUCCUCUGUGCUGCAGCUGCUGGGCUUCAGCCUGCUGUUAACAGGAGAGUUACGCAGCAAAACCUGCCGGUCUGUGGGGACAGUUGUCAGACUUUGUGGCUCUGAUGUAGAUCUCAUCCUCACACCAAGAAAGAUGUCUGUCAGAGGAGCCUCCCUCCUCUUUAGACGUACUACACAACUUCACAGUCUGAAGCUUUCCACAGACAUGGCCUUGUUAAUGUGUCGAUGGGUCAGAAGAGGGACAGUGGCCUGUCGGCUGACUAUGGAAGAGCUUUCUCUCUCCUCUCAGACAGCCCAACCAUCAGAGAGAGGGCUGAUGAAGGUUGUCAGUAGUUUGGCUUCCCUGCUGAGAUACUGGACAGUCCGACGGUUAGACCUGACGGAGGUCUGUGUUCCUGCUCAGGGUCUCAUUCCUCUGCUGCUUCAUGAUGGUCCUCUAACAAUCAAACUGAGUGAGAAGGUUUUGCAGCCACUACUCUCCGUCCUCCAUGAAAUCCAGGAUGAGGCCUUGACCUGUUCCUUCUUGAGGAAGGUUGGUGGAGAGCUGACAUCCUGCUGUCUGAACUGGGAGCUCCUUCACCAUCUGCUGCUGCAGUCGUCAGCUCUCACCAUCACUGUGAACAUGAGGAAGAACCGCUUCUUACAGGAGAGCGUCACACGUCUGCUUCCCUUUCUGGACACGAUUGUGUUCAAAAGACCCUGUCCCAGCUUUGUGUUGACCGCCAUCAGAGAGAUCUAUAAAGCUCGAGCCAGUCCCGUUAUACCCAGUUUACUGAGGUCAUUGGAUGAUGUCAUCAACCUGACCUGCAGACAGAUGGACUCGGAGGACUUUGCUGCUCUGCUCUUCACCCUGAGACACAGUGACAGAGUUCAACUGAACCUCACGUGGACCUCCAUACCAGCAGGGGACAUAAAGUCCAUCCUCUUAAUGCUGGACAAAGUCUCUCAUCUCAGUGUUGACAGGAAUCAGCUGCUGAGGUUGGUCCACUGCUGCGCUGCCUCCGAGGCCCAGCAGGGGGCAGCAGCCGGCCUGCUCAGGACUCUGCAGCACCGGCUGGAUCUGUCCUGCUGCUCCAGUGUGGAGCUGGACCAUCAGAGUGACUCUCUCAGUCUGACUGCUGAGGACUGCAGGGCCGUCUCCACCAUCCUGACACACAGCAGCAGAGACACACAGCUCCUCCUGCAGGACUGUGAGCUGGAGGACAGCGGCCUGGACCUGCUGUUUCCUGUCCUGCACAGAGUCCGUCUCAGAGCCAGUAAAGCUGUCCUCCUCCGGCUGGUGUCCCUGGUUCCUGUGGACAGUGAGAGGGACUCAGUGAGACGGGCAGUGUCCCUCCGUACAGCCCUGGAUGGACAGCUGGACCUCAGUCACAGCACGCUGGAUCAGAGGGCCUGUGGAGCUCUGGCCCUGAUGCUGGACUUCAGUGAAGAGCUGCCAGAGCUGGACCUGAGUCACUGUGGACUCACUGACCAGCUGCUGCUCACACUCAGCGCACAUCUGCACAAAGUUCAAGUCCUGGAUCUGAGUCACAAUAACAUCACGGAUGCUUCAGCUGACCUGUUACUGCGACUGUCCAUCAACCCGUCCACUGACACCGUGCGACUCUUCGGGAACAACAUUGUGGACAGAACCUCCUUUAAGAAAGACCAGCGCUUUGAGAUGUGGUGAAGCAGCCGUCGGUGUGUAAGAUCUCCUUCUACCACCUCAGGAACAUUACCAAACUGCGUCUCACACUCUGUCCGAUGCAGAACAACCCCGUGCACAGCUUGGCCUCCUGAAGGCGGGACUACUGUAACGUUCUCGUCAUCAGGACUUCUAGCUGAGCCUUCGACGACUUCACUACAUCCAGAACAGCUCCGCUAGGGUCCUAACGAAGGUACGGAAAUACCACCACAUCACCCCCAUCCUUCACUCUCUCCACUGGCUUCCUGUCUCCUUCAGGACCAAGUACAACAUCUCGCUGCUCACCCAUCAGUGUAUCCAUGGAAACGCCCCUCACUACCUCACACCACAGACCUCCUGACGUGACCUCGGCUCCAGAAACAAAGUCCUUCUUCGGCUCAGCCGCUCCUCUUCUGUGGAGCUCCUCCCAGACCACCGGAGGGCUCCUUCAGGGACAACAAACACAUUUCUUCUUCAGAAAGCCUUCUCCUAAACUUUGUACUUUUAUGCUCCUCUUUUUUUAAACCUGUUUUUAAUAAUGUUUACUUAUUCAAUGAAAGUAUGACUGUAUUGCCGGUACUAAUACUGUGUUUGACGUCUGUUUCUGUGAAGGCCGAGAGCAGCCGGCAGUGUUUGAUAAUAAUAAUCUAAUAUUUUAUUUAUGAUGACACGCUGAGAUUGUUCUGGUGGGAUCAUCUUUAUAACAACUGUUUUUGUAUUUUGUGAUAACUCGUCAGGAUCUCAGGAGAAUUAUCUUAAAAUGUGAAUAAGAGUAUUAUUUUAGUUUUGGUUUUAAAGAGACUGACUUUGUGUCAGGAACAGACCUCGUUCUGAGACUCGGAGACCCAGGUUUAUAUUUUCUGGAAAUGCAAUAACUAUUUUAAACUCUUGUGAAAUGUACAGCUCUAAAUAUGUUCAAUAAAUACUUGAAAUGAAACGGUCAAACGCCUGUAGCACAUUAAAUGUAAUGCUGUAUUUUGACACAGUUAUUACAAUCAUGUUAGAGAGUAUUUAUCUUUUAGAGUUUAACACGAGCUCAGCUUACUGUAAGGGGAACAAACCCCUGGUCUUUAUUUUGGGGAAAUAAAAUGAAUAAACGGUCUAAAAGCUC